GCAUUGUGUUUCAAAAGCUCUAAUUUAAGAUUCACUUUAAAAUAUUGCCUUUUCUUCAGAAAAUAAUUUAAUUUAAUAAUUGCAGUAUUGUGCGGUUAGUAAUGUGUGCUGUAUGUUUCUUUUCCGCCUCCUACUGGGGUUUUAUGGUACUGCGCUAUAUUUUGCUGUUUGCUUCCGGUUUUUCUCAGUGAACGCAGUCGAGAAGUACGUGCACGCGGUUCCUAUCAGUUAUUGAUUCUGUCGUUCAUACCUUGGAAAUAUAUGUCUUUUUACAUAAAAGAAUUGAGAAGAACAAUCACCAGUAAAGUUAUUAAAGUUAUGAAGACUGCUUUCUGGAGUUCUUUUUUGAAAGUGUACGCUAUCUGUUAAGCCUUUGCUCAAGCUACGUAAUUGGUAGAAAAGAACACAGAUAUCGGAUCGGUAUCGGCUGAUACUGGUAUCGGAAUUGGAUCGGAAGAGAAAAAGUGGUAUCGGUGCAUCCCUACUUAAAACAGAGAAAUUUUACAGGAUAAAGCUCCACCUCACAGCUCCACAUUUUCAUAUGCAUGCAGCGACUUACACAACCUGAUUUCACAGGCAACGAUCAACUCAGGAGUCAUGACAGAGGUAUAUAACACAACCGAAAACUACAAAGACUACAACAACCUAGGUCAAGAGAACAAUAACCAGUUGUGCAUAAACGACAAUGUAAGGUCAUUCAGCCGAAUCUUCCUGCCCACCCUCUACAGCGUUGUCUUCAUUGUGGGCUUAAUUGGAAAUAGCCUGGUAAUGUCUGUGUUGGUCAAGUAUCAUAAAGGGUCAAACGUGACAAAUCUGUGCCUAUUCAACCUGGCGCUUUUAGAUAUCCUCUUCCUCCUGUCAUUACCUUUCUGGGCUCAUUAUGCUGCCAUCACAGAGUGGGUCUUUGGGAGCUUCAUGUGCCAUGCAGUGACGGCGCUCUACACGCUGGGAUUUUAUGGAAGCGUCUUCUUCAUGAUCCUCAUGACCGUACACCGCUACAACAUUACUGUUCAUGCCCGUAACUCCCACUUCUCCAAGCAGUGGUCUGUCAGAGCUAGCUUAUUGCUGGUUUUGUUUAUGUGGACACUCAGUUUGGGAGCUUCUCUGCCAAACAUAAUAUUUGCCAAAGUGGCAAGUAAAUCAAAUGUAUUGACAUGCAAAGAGGAAUAUCCAGAAAAGGCAUGGAGGUUAUUCUCUUACAUUGAGCUGAAUGUUUUAGGCUUUAUUGUUCCUCUCUCAGUCAUGGUGUUCUGUUACUCUCAUAUCAUCCCUGUCUUGAUGGCCAUGAAAACUCAGAAGAAACACAAAGCUGUCAGGCUAAUCUUUGUCUUGGUCACAGUGUUCCUCCUCUUCUGGAUGCCGUACAACUUCGUCAUCUUCCUGAACUUCCUGCAUCAGUUGGGUUACAUGAACAACUGUCAGCAGCACAAGGACCUGAACAUGGCUAUGCAGUGGGUGGAAACCAUAGCGUUCUGUCACUGCUGCCUCAACCCCAUCAUCUACGCCUUUGUUGGGGAGAAAUUCAGGAAUUCAACUCUCAAAAUCCUGAAACAGUGGUUUCCUCUUUGCUUUGGUCGGUACUCAGCAACUGCCAAGCAGUUCUCAGAGAGGAAGAGCUUUAUGUCCUUACGCACCCUAGAAAAUUCCAGCUCAAAGGUUGUGUAGCUCGAAUUGGGCAAAAUCAAAACUGCACUGCCAUCACUUCUUAGUUAUGACUAAUAUAUUUGUGAAUCAA